AUGGUUGUCGUUCGUGAUCCUGGUGACAGGAUUGGCUUCUAUAUGUAUGUUGAGGGUAACUGCCCAGCAGACUACAGCUCAGUGUUCGUCACAGUACAAUUGGGUAUGCACCCUUCGUUCUUUGUCGACCGUCUUUUAGGCGUGUUCACCAACAUUCCACUGGCUGCAGAUGGAAAAUAUCAAGAAUCAAAGUCCUUGUCUUGUCGCUGCUUACCUACAAAGCGACAUGGCCCAGAACCUCGUUUAGUAUAUACCGUUCAGUCGCUGAGUCCCUCAACGCAGUACACUGGUCCUUGGUUGGGCCAGGCAAAUGACUGCGAGUGCAACACUCCGACGUACUGCCUCCUCAGCGCUUGUUCUAUAUGUCAAAAUGCUACCUACGUCAGCUGGAGCUCCUGGUCUUCCAAUUGCUCGACGGUCUACACUGGAUACCCAGAGAGCAUUCCAAAUGGGACUGCUAUACCAGAAUGGGCUUAUCAAGAUGUUUUAACGACAGAUGAUUUCGACGUAAACGCUGCUCAGGGGCCUGAGGACAACAUAGGCACUGCACUCCCUCCCAAUUUCACCCCUACAACCAUAGUUUCUCAUGCGCCAACCUCUACUACAUCAGCAAAAGCCCAAAAUCCUUCAAAGUCAGGUAAUACGGGCGCAAUUGUCGGAGGUGCAGUCGGAGGCGUAGUUGGACUUGCAGCCAUAACCGCUCUAGUUGUUCGGCUGCUCCUCCGGCGUCGUCGACAGAAAGCCCCUUCAAGCACUAUAGGCGAUGAAACUGCGCCUGCAGUGACUAACGGCGUGCUCAUGGUUAAUCCAGACCCCUACACUGCCACUGCCACUCAACCGAAGCUCUAUGAUCCGUCUGAUCCUAGCACGUUCCCUGCCCCAGUGCCCUUAUCAACUAUCCAAACGAGGCCGAAUUCAAAUCCCCCUUUUUACUUUAACUUGUAUACCUCUGAAGGUGGGCGUCCUGGCGGAUAUGGUGGGGCCCCUGAACUUUAG